ACAGUCCUCAGCCCAGGCCAAGCAAGCUUCUGUCUGCACCUGCUCUCAAUCCUGCUCUCACCAUGAGCCUCCGCCUGCAGAGCUCCUCCGCCAGCUAUGGAGGUGGUUUUGGGGGUGGCUCUUGCCAGCUGGGAGGAGGCCGCAGUGUCUCUAGCUGUUCAACUCGAUCACCAUGCAGAACCUCAACGACCGCCUGGCUUCCUACCUGGAGAAGGUGCGCGCCCUGGAGGAGGCCAACGCCGACCUGGAGGUGAAGAUCCGUGACUGGCACCUGAAGCAGAGCCCAGCUAGCCCUGAGCGGGACUACAGCCCCUACCACAAGACCAUUGAAGAGCUGCGGGACAAGAUCCUGACCGCCACUAUUGAAAACAACCGGGUCAUCCUGGAGAUUGACAAUGCCAGGCUGGCUGCGGAUGACUUCAGGCUCAAGUAUGAGAACGAGCUGACCCUGCGCCAGAGCGUGGAGGCUGACAUCAACGGCCUGCGCCGGGUGCUGGAUGAGCUCACCCUGUCUAAGACCGACCUGGAGAUGCAGAUCGAGAGCCUGAAUGAGGAGCUGGCCUACAUGAAGAAGAACCACGAGGAGGAGAUGAAGGAAUUCAGCAACCAGGUGGUCGGCCAGGUCAACGUGGAGAUGGACGCCACCCCGGGCAUUGACCUGACCCGCGUGCUGGCGGAGAUGCGGGCGCAGUACGAGGCCAUGGCGGAGAGGAACCGCCGGGAUGCUGAGGAAUGGUUCCACGCCAAGAGUGCAGAGCUGAACAAGGAGGUGUCUACCAACACUGCCAUGAUUCAGACCAGCAAGACAGAGAUCACGGAGCUCAGGCGCACGCUCCAGGGCCUGGAGAUUGAGUUGCAGUCCCAGCUGAGCAUGAAAGCCGGGCUGGAGAACACGGUGGCGGAGACGGAGUGCCGCUACGCCCUGCAGCUGCAGCAGAUCCAGGGGCUCAUCAGCAGCAUUGAGGCCCAGCUGAGCGAGCUCCGCAGCGAGAUGGAGUGCCAGAACCAGGAGUACAAGAUGCUGCUGGACAUCAAGACGCGGCUGGAGCAGGAGAUCGCCACCUACCGCAGCCUGCUCGAGGACCAGGACGCCAAGUAGGUCCUCUCCAGCCUCUUUCUUAGGAUAGUGACUGCAGGACCCUUGGGUGUCAGAGCAGGCAGCGCCUUAGAGAUCUACCCCCUCAUGUCAGAGAGGAGACCCCUCACUGAGUUUACGGGACAUUUCCUUGGUAGGCUGCAAGGUUAACACCUUUAAACUUUCGAAUUCUGGCCUCUGAGUUCGACUGGAGGGAAUAGAGACCGUGGAGGGAACAUCUGAUAUUGGAAAAAUAUGAGCUUGGAUUCAGCUCAGCUGAACAAAGCUAUUACUAUGGUGCUUUAGCAGCCUUUAGACCCUUAGCAGAGAUCAAGCCACCUUGUGGGCUCAGGGCUCAGGUGGAGGGUUGUGGGUUUGGGCGAUUCAGAGGGAGGACGAACACCCUGAAUCUUGUGGCUAAUAAUAUCUCCCCUUGAGACCUCUCGGACAGACAGAUAGACAGGCAAGACAGACAGGCACCUGAUGCUGCUGCCUCUUGAGCUGGGGGCACAGCUAGGAGGCACUAGAGUCUAGCCCAGGGGCUCCAAGUGACAAGCCGAGGCACUCCCCCAGAGGAACAGGUAGGCACCUGCCCUCAGUUACCCUCUGCUCAUGGCCACCUCUCUCCUUUCUCCCAGGAUGACUGGUAUCCCUUCCUCAGCAGGUAAGGGAACAGCCCCAUGGAGUGGGGGGAGGCGGAGUUAGGCUCCUGUUCACUGCCCCAAUGGGGGUGGGAGCUGGCGGGGAGGGAGGGAGCCAGUGCUGGGCUCUCCAGUGUAGGGGGGUGGAGAGCUGGGGUGGAAGUGGUCAUUUGCUCAUUGAUUUUCCUUUUGAAAUUGAUGGCUCUGCCCCAUAGAGCUAUUGGGCUGUCUUGGCAAGAGCCAUCUUUGGGGACGAUAGAGUCCCCAUCCAUGAACCACCUGACUAAUGAGGAGUUUGCGAGCCCUCCUGGGGGGUCCUGCCCUGGCCUGAGGUGGGUCUCCUCCAGCCUGAGCGUGUUUUGUCUCCCGUUUCCCAGGAAGCGUCAGCCCCCGAAGCACCUCUGUUACCACAGCUUCCAGUGUCUCUGUUACCACCACCUCUAAUGCCUCUGGCCGCCGCACUUCUGACGUCCGUAGGCCUUAAAUCUGCCUGGCGUCCCCUCCCUCUGUCUUCAGCACCCAGAGGAGGAGAGAGCUGGCAGUUCCCUGCAGGAGAGGGGAGGGGCUGCUGCACCCAAGCCUCAAUCCCUCUGCUUUCAGGACCCCACAUCCCGACUGUCUCCUGAGGAUGGGCCCUCUGUGCUCUUCUCUUCCCAUUGGAUCUCUCUCCUCUGUGACCUGGAUACUCUUUGGUUUCUCAACUUCUCUACCCCAAAGAAACAAUAAUUCAAUAAAGUUUCCUGCCUUUCUGCAAAC